GGGAGAUAUUUAGCCUCGCAGUAAGUGCCCCUUCCACGCUUCUUAAUGGCUGUCUUCCGACUAACACUCGAACUUGACAGUGUCGAGAAAAAGCUCUCGACGGCUUGGAUUAUAAAGCUAUUGAAUGAGAAGUUCAAUACGGUCGACCUGGAGCGUAUGUCCGAGUUGAAAACAUUGGACCUGCCAGGCAAUAAAUCGAAGGUCAAGAUCUUUUUAGAUCACAACCCGUGUUCUAGGUGAGCACUAUUC